CCCGUCGUGUGGCGAGUGGUUUUUCAAAGUUGGACAGACGAAGACGGAGCAGUGCCCCGCCCCUCCCCGCAGUCAUGGAUGGAUCCUACCGUACUCCCUCCCAAGAACACUAUCAUGCAGCCAUGGUGCUCUCUGGAGUUGGUGAUGCCCUUGGAUAUCGCAACCAGCGCUGGGAAUACUGUACUUCGGGGCCCCAGAUUCACCAAGAGCUGCAGGAAAUGGGGGGACUUGGCAAGAUCCGUGUAGCCCUUCCAGAUUGGCCAGUCAGCGAUGACACUGUGCUGCACCUGGCAACUGCUGAGGCCCUUGCCACAGGGAAGACUGGGGAACCCUUGUUCCAGGAGCUGGCAAGAUGCUAUGUAGAGGCCAUGAAAGAUAUGGAGGGAAGAAAACCUGGACCCACCAGUAUUCUGGGAACAUCUCAGUUACAUCCAGGAGAGCCAGGUGGAUAUCACAUUCCCUUCAACUCUAACGCAACCGGUUGUGGUGCAGCUAUGAGGUCCAUGUGCAUUGGGCUUAGGUAUCCUCAUCCUUCUGAUCUCAACACCUUGAUCCAAGUCAGCAUAGAAAGUGGAAGAAUGACACAUCACCACCCCACAGGCUAUCUGGGAUCUCUGGCUUCAGCCCUCUUCACUGCAUAUGCUGUCCAGGGACUGCCCCUUGAGCUCUGGGGACCUGGGUUGCUGAAGACUCUGCCCGUUGCCCUGGAAUACAUCCAGGCUGCUGGGAUUGAGACUGAAGCCAAUGUAGCUGCUUGGUCCUAUUUCCAAGAGAAAUGGGAAUGGUACCUCUCAGAACGGGGUCUCACUGAUGGCCGGGGCCCAGCUAGAUUUCCUCCGGCCUACGGUCCCGCCGAGCGAGAUGUCAUCUACAAAACCUUCAGCCUGGAUGGGUGGGCUGGGCGGAGCGGCCACGAUGCCCCCAUGAUUGCCUAUGAUGCCCUCUUGGGUGCCGGGAGCAGCUGGGAGCAGCUCUGUGGACAGUCCAUGUUCCAUGGUGGGGACAGUGACUCCACAGGGGUGAUCGCAGCUUGCUGCUGGGGCCUUACAUACGGUCUCCAAGACAUCCCAUCUGGAAAUCACACGGAACUGGAAUACCGAGACAGGAUGGUCUCUGCAGCCAACUCUCUCUUUCGCCUGGCAUGGGAGCGGAGGUCUGUUUGAGAAGCCGUUCCCAUAUCUAACAUCCUCAAUUCCUGGGAAGGCAUAAGUUGAAAACUUGCAAUGGAUUGAAAACUGCUGCUUUCAAAAUAAAUUGUAGCUGUA